UGUGUGGUUUGACCAUCGAGUAACAAUUAACCAGUCAAAUAAAAAUAUGAAGGCAUUUGUGCUCGUAGCCACCUUGGUAGUUGUAGUCCAAGGACGCCCAGAAGCUGGUUAUAGUUACUCAGGCCCAGCAAUAAGACCAUCAGGAAGUUAUGGGGCACCAGGAGUAGGUGCUAGUAUUGGAGGAGGUUUUGGCCAUGGAUUAGGAAGUGGAAUCGGUAGCGGUAACGGUGGAGGAUAUAGUAGUGGUUUUGGUAAUAAUGGACAUAGUCAAAUUGGUCUUGUACAAAAGCAUGUAUACUUACAUGUUCCACCACCAGAACCAGUAGAAUAUAAACCACCAAAACCAGUAGUAGUUCCAGCACCCCAAAAACACUACAAAAUUAUCUUCAUUAAAGCUCCAACUCCACCAACCCCAACUGCACCAGUAAUCCCAGUUAUCCCACAAAAUGAAGAGAAAACACUUGUAUACGUUUUGGUGAAGAAGCCAGAAGAACAACCCGAAAUUGUUAUCCCAACAGCUGCACCAACACAGCCAGCUAAGCCAGAAGUAUACUUCAUCCGAUACAAGACACAAAAAGAAGGAGAUGGUGCCACUAGCAGUGGUAUUUCAGGAGGUCAUGGUGUAAGUACAGGUGCAUCAGCUUUAUCACAAAGCUAUGGACCACCAGACCAAAGUAAAUCAUACUAAAAGAAAAUCGGAGAGCCACGAAAAAUUCAUCACAUUCAUAAAAAACCAUUUUGGAGUUAAAACAUACAGAGUUUAAACGAUAAUUUCAUGAAAAUGAUGUUUAAAAUUGCUAAAAACAAGAUAAAUAAUUCUUGUACAAAGUAGUUUCAUU